CGUAUGUGUGUGUGGGUGGACCAGCAGCUAACACACACUUAACAUUCGUUCGCAACAUGGCGUUGAAGCGCCGAGAGACACGACGGCUGUCCCCCGACUAAUGCAAGCUUAUUUGGAAAGCCAGGGGACGGUUUACCGAGGAGACCUAAACAUUCACAGAGAGUCCUUUACGCACCGGCGGAGAGACAAUAGCGGAUUCCAACAUAUGCAUGUCGCUAGAACGGUAUAGCUGGUUGUAGCCUAUAAACGUACGCUGCUACCCCACUGGUGGAAAUCAAACGCUGUACAUGGCGGUGGAGAGUACAAUUUGGCUGUUCUGUCUUCUUUCGCUGUUCUGUGGUCCAUCCAAGCAAGCAAAGCCUGUUUCGGUGGAGCUGAGCUGCGGGGCUGGGCCCAGCCAUGUAGUGUUGGAGUCAGGUUUGCCCCUGUUGCUGGACUGCAACCUUGGGGCCAGCGGUACAUCUUUCAAUAUCACCUGGCUUCAGGAUGGCCACCCUCUGCCUUUGGAAGGGGGGCACUUCCUGCAGUAUUUGGCCAACGGAUCCCUCCUCCUGCUGCCGACCUCUAAGGACGGCCAGCCUCCCCAGGGCGUGGAGGGGGGCUACAGCUGUGUGUGUGCCAGCGCCCUUGGAGCCCUGACCAGCCGGACUGUAAAUGUUCUCCUAGCAAGUCUGUCUAAGUUCCAUCAGGAGCCGUCACCUCAAACGGUGCCUGAUGGGGGAGUGGCUCGCUUCGAGUGCCAGAUUGAGGGUGUACCCACACCUGUUAUUACUUGGGAAAAGGACACAGUGGCUGUCCCUGAGGAGAUAAGGUUUAUUUCCCUUCUUAACGGGGUGCUCCAGAUUCUGGAGGUGACCAAGGAGGAUGAGGGUGCCUACCGCUGUGUCGCGUCCAACUCUGCCAGGAGAGACAUCUCUCAUGAAGCCAGGCUCACUGUCACCACAGGCUCUACUGAAGCCCUGAAUGGAGUUGCCAUUGUUUCCCCCCCUCGGAAUGCAACAGUCGUGCUCGGCCGUCCCGCUGUGAUGGAGUGUAUGGCACAAGGCCAGCCGAAGCCACUGGUGUCCUGGAGCAGACAAGACGGAAAGCCCAUUUCCACUGAUGUGGUCGUCCUCGCAACAAACCUGGUGAUUAGGGACACAAGGCGUCACCAUGCCGGCGUCUAUGUCUGCCGGGCCAACAAGCCCAAGACCAGAGAAUUUAUCAAUGCUGCUGCUGAGCUGCAUGUGCCUGCCCCUCCAGUGAUUCUCCAGCCCCCAGAGACAGUGUCCCUCUCCCGGGGAAACACAGCCAGGUUUGUAUGCAACAGCUCUGGGGAGCCAACUCCAGUGUUGCACUGGCUUAAGGAUGGUCAGCCCAUCAAGUCAUUUAGACGAGUAAAGACCCAAAGCCCUGGAGUCCUGCUUAUCAACCAGCUGGCGCAGGAGGAUGAGGGCUACUACCAGUGCAUAGCAGACAAUGGGCUGGGCACGGCCUGUGCCACUGCCAAGCUGACGGUCAUUGUGAGGGAAGGUCUGCCUAGUCCUCCUCGCCACCUGUCUGCCAUGCCCUCCAGCACAACUGCCCUGCUCAUCUGGGAGAAACCUGAGUACAACUCGGACCAAAUCAUCGGCUACUCUGUGCACUGCCAACGCGCCGCAGGCUCAGAUAACGAGGAGUACCAGUUUGCGAUGAACAACGACACCACAGAAUAUCAUAUCAAAGAGCUUCUUCCCCAUACUGCUUACACAUUCUUUGUGGUGGCUUACUCUCCCAUGGGUGCCAGUCGGCCAUCCCUGCGUGUUACUGUAGAGAUGCUGGAGGAUGUACCAAGUGCACCUCCUCAGCUGUCUAUAGUCAGCACCUCCCCCACAGACAUCAGGCUGAUGUGGCAUCCAUUGUCCUGGCAGCAUAGUCGAGGGGCUGUUACCCGCUACCGCAUUGAGUAUAGCACUCUGGAUCAAGUGGACACUGUGUUCUCUGUGGAAGUAAGGGGUAAUGAGACUCAGUUCAUAAUGAAAGAGCUGCAGCCCAACCAGGCCUACCGACUGAGGAUAGCAGCUGGGACAGGCAUUGGCUUCGGGGUUGCCUCUGAGUGGGCCCAGCACCAAACAUUAGCCCACUACAACUACAGCGACCACAUCAUGGUGAUCUUUGCCCCCACUGAGCUGAAAGUCAGAGCGAGAGUGAACACACUCAAUGUGACAUGGCAUCCCUCGCCAAAUCACACACUGGUUUCUGGUUACAAGCUGUCCUGUCGAGAGGUGGAGGCUGAUGAAUCAGACAAUGUAGAAAAGACAACACAGACCCACACCAUCAGGCUCCGUAAGAAGGCCAGGUAUCAUCUCCUCACCGGGCUGGUCCCUGAUCGGCAGUACGAGGUGAGAGUUUGGGCAUUCAACAAGCAGAUAGAUGGAGCAGCUGCUGUGUGGAAGGGAAGGACAGACAAGACCCAUGACAGAGUGUCGUCGUCGUUCCUGCCCAUGCGCCCCCCUCCAUUGCCCCCGAGCGGCAUCCAAGCCAUGGCCAACAGCUCCACCUCGAUCUGGCUGCGCUGGGAGAAACCACGGUUCAGCAACGUACGCAUCAUCAACUACACAGUGCGCUGCAGCCCAGCUGGAACCACCAACGCCUCCCUGGUCUCCUAUUACACCAGCUCUGCUCAGGAGAUACUGCUCGGGGCGUUGAGGCCCUUCACCCGCUAUAAGCUGGCGGUGCAGUCUAAUGGUGUGGACGUGGUGGGACCCUUCAGCGGCACAGUGGAUGAGUCUACCUUGUCUGACCGGCCCUCCACACCUCCUGAGGAGCUGCAGCUGAUUGCUCUGGACUCCUCGUCUGUGGUGGCGAGCUGGCGCCCUCCGCUGGAGCCUAACGGUAUCAUCAUCAGCUACAGGCUCUUGUUCAGUGGCAACCUCAGCCAGCCUGAGCACUUGUGGGAAAACCUAUAUCAGGAUGGGAGCAUUACCAGUGUGGAAGUCCAGGGUUUGUCCAGUGGCACCCGUUACUUUUUUAAGCUGGGGGCGUCAACUGAGAUGGGGCCAGGGCCUUUUUCACCUGUAAAGGAUGUUGACACCCCCCUUCAGAAAUAUGAGCUGGACGUCCAUGCAGUGACAGGCAUCAUAGUUGGUGUGUGCCUGGGACUGAUAUGCAUCCUCCUCUGCAUGUGUUUAAGCUUUCGUAAUGGCAAACCAAGGGAGGUGUCUGGGGGCCUGGACUCCACAGCUGUGACCCCUCAGUACAGGCGAGGAGGCUGCCCCGUUUCCUCCAACGUGCCAGAGUGCAGCGAUAGCCACGAGCUUGAGACACUGAUGCCCCUGGGCGUCCGAGAGUCUGGUCAGCUGCCAGAAGAGGCCCCAGAGGAGCAGAGCCUGAUGGCAAGUUCUAAUCCGGGGAAAGGGGAAGAUGCCCCUGCACCUGAUCCCAAGGCUGCUUGGAAUGGCUCUGUGAGUCAUAACUGGGCCAACAGAAUCACUAGAUACAGAGACACCAUAACAGAAGACUCUCCAACACUCAUUAAUGGAGCUCUCAACAUGCAAAUUACUGAUAAUGGCACGGACAUAGAAGACCAUCUGUGUACAUCCGUGUGCAGUAACCAGGUGGAGGCAGAAGUUAUUGUUCACUCAGAGCUGUCAGAACCAGGAAGGGAGAAAGAGGAGGAUGGCAGCGAAAGGGAGAAGGAUUCUAACACCACCAGGGGACCCUCAUUAUCAGAGGACAGAUAUUCCCCUUUGAGUCAGCCAAGCCCACCAGGAGAAGAGAACAUUUUCGAAAAACUAUCACUGGCCCAAAGCCCCAUGAGUCUUCCCUUGAUAAAGUUGGUGGCUAAUCACAACAGGGAGCUACAAGGCACGGGAGACCAGCUGAGCGCAGACAGAGAGCCACAGAAGGACAUGGGGCUAACCAAUGGCUUCCACUCCCCAAAACAUGUGCGUUCUGUGCUGAAGUCAGAGCAUCUGGAGAACGGGGACUCCGGACACUGCCCUUCGGCACCAGGGAAGGCCAUCUCUGGUAGGAUGUCCUCUGCCCCGUUUGUCAGCUCCGGCCUUGUCCACUCUACCUCAGCAGCACACAGUUAUCUGUGCCCGUAGCACCUGCAUGUAGGGCAGCAACCCUUACACAAACACAGACAUCAGACUGAUUUUCUUUCUUUUACGUACCCAGGUAGAAUCCCUAGGGAUUUUUUUUAUGCACCUCAUUAUUGGAUUCCUUUCUCUUCCGUGGAAAAUUUUCAUACAGUCCUUGAAUCCAUUGUUUCAUAGGUUGGCACGUACUGUAUACAUAUACAGUACAUUUUUAGUGGUAGAGUACUGUGUAUGGUAAUGCAUUCUCUUGCAAUGCAACCAUAUUUUCCUCUGGGUUUUUUCCUGUCUUUCAGAAAGAAAAGAAAGAUUUAACUAAACCAAGCAGAUGGAAGUGGAUUGAAGGAGGCUAUUCCCACUGUGUCGCACAUGGCUUUGUUCUAUGAGAGAGCCUGGAAUGUUCUGUGAGUGAGUGAGACAGGCUAACAUCAUGAACGGGAGGAUCGGAAACGCAGGCUACUGCUACUUUUAACGUGGCACUGAGGAGUAAGCCUUGAAGAAAAUCUGCACACUCUUGAGAGUGACACCUGUGUCUCUCUCCAGCCUCCUGCUGUCUCAGGGUCCACCCACACAGACACACACACACACUCACACACUUUGAAACACACACAGAAAGCUCAAGUCACACAAACGCACCCAUAAACACACAUUUACACACACAUUCCCUGAAUGGAGUGUGGGGGUCUCAUGUGCCUAAUUAUUGUAGGUGCGUUUAUAACCUCUGUAUAUUUCUAUGGAUGAUUAUAUUCAGUGCAAGUACAAAACACCUGUCAAAAUGAAGGAAAUAAACACUCAAAAUGUAAAAAGAAAUGAAGUAUACAGAUUUGGUAGACAUGAAGUAUUUUUUUCCAAAAUGCCAUAUAUCCACGUGGUGUGAUGGUUUUUUCUUUACCAGGGACACUCAGUUGAAAAGUGAUUUUUGCCAUAUUUUAGAUGGUGUAUAUCUCAUUUUGGAAUCAAAGUAUUGACAUGUUUAUGUUGCUACUGGUUUAUUUAUGUUGGUGGGAGAACUAGAGAAGAUGUUACAACAACACAUCGAGACCACUCUUCUAAAUUGUACUCCUAAUUAGGGAUGAACCAAUGUGAUACUGUGCCAUUAGUUGUCAUUUAAACUUGGUAUAAUAAUUUUCCUAUGUGAAAAGCUUGCCAUGUUUUUAAUUCAAAGGGGAACUCAACUUGACUCAUAAAGUGUAUCUGAUUCCAGUUGUAUGAGAACAUUUCCACAUUGCUAUGCUCAGUACCAGAAAUCAACAUACACUGAUACAUUUCUGCAUUUAUCAGAUAGGAAAGGAGUUUGAUGGAAAAAAAUAAACAAACUAAAUGUGGUCCAAUUUUUUUUUUUACAUUGACCCCAAACUGAACCCUAACUUAUUAUUUAACUAUUCGAUCAAAUUGCUUACCAUAAUUGACUGAUAAAUGAAGCUGAGUGUUUCAGUAUUGGUUUUUGCAGUGUAAACAGGGAACUGGUACUCACUACUACUUAUCAACAACACUACCUCAUUUCUUUUCAGGACGGUUUCCAAUGUGGUUUUAUUAGUUUUAUGUAACUAGCACCUUUUGAAAUAUUUUCUUAACUUUGAUUUUACAGCCUUUGGUACUUGCAGAAGUAAUCAUUCGUACGUUCUUGUGUUAUAUUAAAAGGAAUUUAUGUUGCUUUAGUGCAUUGCGGCUUCCUCUCAGAUCUCUGAAAGAUUGAAUUGGUUAGUAUUAUGUAAACACUCAGUGUCUUUGAUAGGACGCACCUGAAACUAAGUCCAGAUGUCAUACAGUUGCAGUUUUGGACCUGAUGUUCCAGUCCAACAAGUGCCCACUAUGGGCAAGGAAAGUAUUCGCUCCUGCAAUAGGACACUUGUGCCACCUGCAAGCAAUCAGUGUUACUGCUACUUUUAUUUUUUUGCAGGCUCUGUUUAAGUGAACUUCAGUGAACUUUGACAGUGCUGACCUUCGAGGGGCUUGAGAGUCCAAAAUGGCGGACUGCUGCUUGUUAGCUUUUUUCACUAUUCACUUUUAUUUAAACUCUCAUGUCUGAGCAAUGGUUUGCAGUAGACAGGAGUUGAUGGUAAAAAUAUGUAAUUUAAAUAAACUGUGUAAACUUGUUUACCAGUUAGCUUGGUAGCUUUGCUCAGUCGCUAACUGACUGUUAGCAAGCUUGUUAGCUCAGAGAGCUUUAUUUUCUCUGUUCAAUAACUGUAUUGAAUGAAAUGGUCUGCAAUGGUGAACAAAAUGCCAGUAGAGGAAGUUAAUUCCAUGAAAUUCCUGGCCGGUCCAGCUACUGUUAAUGUUAAUUUUUAGCUUGACAGCUACAGCUAUAACUAUCCCUACGAGUAGUCACAGCGUCACCAAGCUUCCAGUCCCAACUAUUUUGCGUGGACAAAGUGAAUGUAAUUUUGUGGUGUGACUGCCGCGUAACACUCAUUGCCUGUAGGUGGCGGAAGUGUAAAAAUUACAGCAGUUUGUGUUUGCCUGUAGGAGGUGAUGAUUGACUUGUGUUUCCUCAUGAGAAAGAGUUUGUGAGUAAGUUACAAGCUGGUUCCAUUAGGUGCUUCACAUCAAAAAGACUAUUUUAAAGAUAAUAAUACUAUACUUCAACUUAUUUCACUUUGGGAUCAGUUAAUAAUAAUAAUACUCACUUUAAAGAUUGACAGAAUUAAGCAGAGCUUUGAGUCCAGCCCUGUUGUACAUUAUGUCUCAUCCUCUCUCAGGUGGCUUUCUUGUCAUCCAGCAGUGAAAAAGGAAUGGAUAAACUCUUCCAUACUGCCCAUAUUUCUACCCAUGUCCGGUCAAGUGUCAAAAUCUCACCAGCUCAACUCAAUCACAUCAGCAACAAAAAUGUAAAUUGUCCCUCGUGACAUGCAUGAGACAGCCUGGACAUGUUUCUCACCAACUGUUUUUUGUAAAACUCAUAUCGUUAUUGUUUUUUUUCUUUUCAACAAAAUGCAUGGUUGGUACCUCAAAGAGAAUUAUUUUUUUAGCCUUUCCAUGUAUAUGUACUUACCUUCACAACAAGAUGAACAUGUUUUCUUUGCUGCAGUAGCAGUCAAAUAGGGACAGAAGUGAAUGUGUUUUUAGCAAACCUGGGUCAAACAUCAAUUCCAAGAUCUUUUGGGGAUAAAUGAGUGAGGUUUGGAGAAUUCAAAUUUAGGAGAAUUCAGAUUUUACCAACUGUCAAUGACAAAAAUAAACCCCUUCUUAUCAGACUGACUCUAUUUGGCAAACGAGCAAUACAUCAAGCUCAACUAUGGCAGCAAACUGCUGCUGUACCACUCAACUCAUCUAUAUAAAGUGACAACCAUGUUUUACUUGUGGCCCCAUUGAAAUUAGUAAUGCCAGAGCAGGUUUCCAUCAGCUGUUAAAGGAAAACAUCUGCUGUGACAUCAUUGAUUUGGACGACAAUUUAAAUGUAAAGAAAGCAAUGCAGUCGCAGGUUUCCGCCCCUGAGGUUUGAUGAUCAUUUGCCCUUUAUAUGCAGUGAGCUAAAGCAAACCACCAAAACAAUGUGUAUAUUUUUGAUCCAGGUUCUUUACCGACACUGUUCUAUGUUGAUGCUUUCUCAUCAUCCUCAAAUCCUGUAUGUCCUGAAUCCUGAAAUACGCAUGAUCUUCUCAGAAGCAUUCCAGUUUGAUACCUUAAACAUACCUCUCUCAGUCCAGGUCAGCCAUGAUGACAAAUCUAAAGAAGAGAAGUGCUAAAAUCCCAGACUCUGUUCCUGCUCUGCUCUGAGUUCAGUUCUUCCAUUCACCAUUUGCAGAUACUGAAGCCUGAGCUGCAGUGUUUGCAAAGCUUGGGACUACAAGUGGAUGGAAGUCACUGACUCAGAGCCUUUCAGAUAAUGUUUCAAGUAAGUUGCCAUUCACUGUGACGCAAAUGAAAUUGACCUUCCAAUUGUGAUUGUUGAAAUCUUUUGAGUAUAAAGUUUGAAAAGUUGUCUUUAAUCCAACAUUGCCAUUUUCAAUAGACAAUAAUUCAAGUUUUACUUUUUGUAUGUAUAUUUCUAAAUGGAUGCAAAGCAACUAUUGCUUUGCGUAUAGCAAAGGUUCACCCUUCCACUAUGGAAAGUCUCUAUCGCCACUGAAGAAAGACCACAGCUAUUUGGCAGUCAAGUAUACACAGUAGUGGAUCAUUAUGGUACGUGGAGACGACAGGGUCUGAAAUGGGGAUACGCAUAAAACCUGCCUCCAGCAUAAAGGAUGUAUGCUCUCCUUAUAUGAGCUCUAUUAAAUCUUUACCACUAACUUUUUAAUACAUGUACUGUAACUUACUUUGUUUUGUUUGUCUUUUUGUUGGCUAGAACGAUCAGAUUUUUGGGAGGAAAAUUACUCAUUUAUUUUAUCAUCUUUUGUGAGGGUUUUAUUAAACAGUAUACCUCAUUUUGGUAACUUGUUGAUACUGCACAUUUUUGUAAUAAGUAGAACAUAUAUAUAUAUGUAAGCAUCCCAUUUUGUGAGCCAAGAGAGGACAGGACCGACUGUUUCAUUUUACUACAGGGGCCUGGAUGCUCCAGUGUAGUGGUGAAGGGGUCAGUGGAAUCUAAAUUGACUUUUACAUUGCUAUUUUGCAAUACUAGUUAUUACUAAUCAUUGUAAAGAAGCAUGGGCUCACUCACUCAUGCUUUAAACAAAAAUCCUAGGGAAAAACAAAACAGAAAAGUGUCUGCUUACUUUUGGAUUAAAAAAACAACAGGCAGAAGACUGAAGUGCUAAGCAGGGAGAAGGGCUAAAGUUACAUCCUCCCCAGGCAGGUCAUACCUCUCAGUGCAGACAGCCAUUUAAAAAUUAUUUGUGUCUUCUCUACUCAGGUGCCCCAUCUUUACAUCAAAUUGUAGAGGAUCAUGCCAGCAUACUCGACUCAGAUACAUGUCAUUUGAUGUCACACAAUGUCUCAUUUUGUUGUUUUGGAAAGUAAAUCAAGGAAACCCUUAUGCAUACAUGAUACAUUGUUUUGUAGAAAAUCGCUCAGUGUAUUUCUGUCUCUCUGGCUUUUCUCUGUACAUUCUGGUGCUUCGGUGGUGAGCUGCUUUGUCCAGUGAUGUCACAUUGUCUUCUACGCUAGUUUUGUGUGUACCAGCUCAGUCAUGCUUUUCAGAAUGUGUAAGCUCAGACUCGGACUCUGUUUUGCAGAUACUCAAGACACCUUUGUAAUCAUUGUGUGCCGAACAAGAACUCAUCCAUGUCAAAAUGUGCUACUGUGGGAGCAAAUUGUAGGAGCACUUAGAUUAGUACUUCUUUUUGGGCCAUGAGCAGUUUUGGAUUGUCAUCUUUACAUUUCUAGAAGUGCAAUUUUCUUAGUCUGUAAACGACAGAUGGAUUACUCAGUGUUAGUCAUGGCGGCCGUAGUAAUGAUUUGUGAUAGAAACAUUGCUUGUUCAGCGGUAUCAUCACAGGAUAGGUAUUCUUGUGGUGUGUAGAAAAAAUUCCACUGUGUUACCAUAUUUGAAAAUGUCAAAACCCAUAGCAACUCUCAAGUUGUCUGCUGAAACUACUCUUCUGUAAAUAAAGAUCAAAGAAAGAAGAAAGCAAGGGUCAGUGUGAUUUAAAAAAAAAAACUGCUCUCUUCAGCCUAACUUGAAUCUAGCGUUUGUUUUAUUUUCUAUCAAUCUCUGUGUGAUAAACUAGGCUUCUUGGGUUAUUUAUUGUCAUUUUCUAAUCAUUUUUACCUUUAUGUUAAACAUCAGUGUAUGAUAUAUUGUGUUGUGCAGGUUUACAUUCAUAGACUAUGUAAGUAAACCAAUUUGUGUUUUGGCUUUAGAAAGGAAAUAGCCAAGUUUGACAAUCAAUCUUGCAAAAAUGAAUAUGGUGGAUUUGAACGCAAAUAGAGGAAAUUGAAUGUAAGGAAAAACAACUAGCUGAGGUUGAACUUGAAAUGGAUGACGCUGAUGGGUUAACAUUACCGAGUCGAUCACAACGUCAUCGUGUGCACACAGAGAAAAUGCUUGCCUACCAACAGGAAGAACUGAGUAAAAAUGAAAAAAGACUCCUUAGUCUGUACGAUCAAUGGAAAAUUAAAAUAUGGACAUCCAAAGAAAAUUUAAAGAA